GCGAGGCAGAGGAGGAGGAAAGCGGGGCUCGCGGGAUUGUGCUGGAAAACAUGCUAUUUCCCCAUCCUGUUCUGGGUCGUUACCGUGUGCGGGGAGGAGAAGACGCUCAUAGUGGAGACGUGGCUGAAGAACUACGGCUACCUGCUGCCUCACGACCUCCGAACCUCCGACCUGCGGCAGGAGAAAGCCAUGCAGUCAGCUGUGGCCGCCAUGCAGCGCUUCUACGGGAUUCCUGUGACGGGAAUACUGGACGAGACUACAAUAGAGUGGAUGAGGAGACCUCGCUGUGGCGUUCCAGAUCAUCCUCACACCACCCGCCGGCAGAGGAAUAAACGCUACGCUCUGACGGGGCAGAAAUGGAGAGACAAAAAGAUCUCCUACAGCAUAUCUAACUUCACCCCUAAAGUGGGAGAGAAAGACACACAGAGGGCGAUCCGACAAGCCUUCAACGUCUGGCAGACGGUCACCCCGCUCUCCUUCCAGGAGGUGCCGUACUCGGAGAUCAAGAACGACGGAAAGGAGGCGGACAUCAUGAUCUUCUUCGCCUCCGGUUUCCACGGCGACAGCUCUCCGUUUGACGGGGAGGGGGGUUUCCUCGCCCACGCCUACUUCCCCGGCGCCGGCAUCGGGGGGGACACACACUUCGACUCUGAUGAACCCUGGACGCUGGGCAACGCCAACCACGACGGUAAUGACUUGUUCCUGGUGGCGGUGCACGAGUUGGGUCAUGCGUUGGGUUUGGAGCACUCCAACGACCCCAGUGCCAUCAUGGCUCCGUUCUACCAGUACAUGGACACGCACAACUUCAAACUGCCUCUGGACGACCUGCAGGGCAUCCAGAAGAUCUACGGUAUCCCCACAGCCAUGCUGGAGCCCACCCGCCCGCUGCCCACUCUGCCUUCCCGACGGACGCACUCCACCUCCAAACACGACCGCUCCCGCCCGGCGCGUCCGCCCGGCGACCGGCCCGCGCUGCCCGGCAACGGGAAACCCAACAUCUGCGAUGGAAACUUCAACACCGUGGCAUUCUUCAGGAGGGAGAUGUUCGUGUUCAAGGACCGCUGGUUCUGGCGCCUGCGGAACAACAAGGUGCAGGAGGGCUACCCGAUGCAGAUCGAUCAGUUCUGGAAGGGCCUGCCGCCUCGCAUCGACGCCGCCUACGAGAGAUCAGACGGGAAGUUCGUCUUCUUCAAAGGAGAUAAGUUCUGGGUGUUCAAGGAGGUGACGGUGGAGCCCGGGUUCCCCCACAGCCUGGUGGAGCUGGGCAGCUGCCUCCCAAAGGACGGCAUCGACACGGCGCUGCGCUGGGAGCCCGUCGGGAAAACAUACUUCUUCAAAGGAGAGCAGUACUGGCGCUACAACGAGGAGAAGAACACGGCGGACCCCGGGUACCCCAAGUCCAUCACCGUGUGGAAGGGGGUCCCUGACGCACCGCAGGGGGCCUUCAUCAGCCGCGAGGGAUACUACACCUACUUCUACAAGGGGAAGGAGUACUGGAAGUUCGACAACCAGAAGCUGACGGUGGAGCCCGGAUACCCGAAGUCCAUCCUGCGAGACUGGAUGGGCUGCGAUCAGUCGGACAUGGAGCGCUCUGGCAGCAAAGGGAACCGUGGAGACCGCCAUCUGCCGCUCGACGACGUGGACAUCAUGGUGACCAUCAACGACGUCCCGACGACGGUCAACGCCAUCGCCGUCGUGAUCCCGUGCAUCCUGUCGCUGUGCAUCCUGGUGCUGGUGUACACCAUAUUUCAGUUCAAAAACAAAGGAGUGCAGCAGAGCACCAUUACGCAGCACUACUACAAAUACCCUGUUCAGGAGUGGGUAUGACAGGCAACACUGCUUUGAAGAGGUCAUGGAUUAAAGACGACGGUUGGCUAGCUAAUGUUGGCUUUAGGCCAGGAUUGCUAGCAACAAAAACAAUGGAAAGUCAACGCUGAAAGACGCUAAUUGUGCUAGCUUGUGAUGAACAGGCGGACACUGAAAAUGCGUGUAGGUUUAGACAUUUGAUCAGUCUUAGAGAGAAGUUCGUGCCUGUCUUGUGACACAAGUGUAAAGCGGCAAGUUGUCCGAUUAUGACUUUUUCCCGUUCCUCAGCGGGGAGGGAUAGCAAUGGCUAGGAUAAGCGAGCGAAGUCCACGAAGACUCCUGGAGGAUCUGAUUGGAUAAGGGCAGGAAACACACCUCUCUUUAAGUGAAACGGGGUCUCAUCAGCGACACUGAACUUUGACCUGAAACACAACUCUCCUGAACGAGGAUUCGGGGCGGAAAGAAUACGCUCCUUAAAGCCACCUCCAAGUUUGUUCUAACAACAACUUGUACACGGGAACUACUUCAACGUAACGACAAGAAAAUAAAGAAUAAAAUAUCAAACUUGAAGAAAACAUGUAGGUAGAAAGGCCAUAUAAAAAAAACAAGGAUCUCUUUAAUUGAAUUUGUAUUUAUAGUUGUAUGGACCUGCAACAUUUGUCAAAGAGGACCUUUUUCUCUCUUCUGAAGGACUUACGGAGUUGAUAGAAAAGAUGAAUGACAUUUGAACAGCCUUAUCUCUGUCUCCAAAACAUAUGUGCGCAUAUUUAACAAGAUGAACGCAAACCAGGGCUCGUAUUUAUCAAACUUAUAAGUGACUUAAGAAACAAAAGAAUAUUCCUUUUCAUUUACUUCUAAUAACAAACUUCAAAAAUAAAAGUGCCAGAUGUUUUUAGUGAUUGUUCAAAAAUACAACUUUGUAUUAUUCUGUGUGUGCAUGGAUUGGAUAUUAAUGCAUAAGGCAGGUGUACAAACAACAACAAUAACAAAACAAAUUGUAUUUAUUUUGUAUCUUACAUCUUUAACUUACUUUUUCAACCAGCAGGAGAAUUUUGGAAUUAGUUGUUUUUUUACCAUUUAAGCCAAUUUCCUAAUAAUUGAUCUCUUUUGACACUUCAAACAUAUUAAAAUGCUUGUUUACAGAUUGUUAUAUAUUUUAUUAAUUGAUACGUGUGAUUUUGGACUUUUAAAUCACACAUUUUGCACUUACUAUUAAAGCAAUUUUCUAAUAAAUGAACAAUAUGACAUAUGUAGGGUUACACCUUCAGUCUUACAUGUAGUCAAGCGUCCCUUAUGUUACACGUUGCUACGUGAUAAAUGUCUCUCACUUCAAAUAUCUUUUUUAAUCUGAGUUUUAAGUGUAAUUCUUAGAGGUUUGGUAAAUACGGGCCCUGACAGCGACAGUAGGUAUUUUGAUCGUGGUAUUUCUCUCUGCUCCUCUACAUGUGAGUGGAUUAGAGAUUUGCAAAAAAAGGAGGGAAUCGAGAAGGGGGGGUGCACAGAGGAUACAUAUAUCUGUAUUAGUAUGCAGUCUGCAGCAAGGAGACGUCGACCAAGCUUAAUGAAGUACUUCUGUUCCCAAAGCUCUGACAGGGGCUUCUCGUCCUCCUCAUCCUCCCUCCGUCUCUUCUCACCGUCCAUCUGGCUUCCCCUCUAUCUUUGUCCCACGCUAUGAUUUAAUAAGUGCUUUAAUUGUUUGUUGAAACUAAGGAGCUUCUAAUUUGUCUCCAGUUUUCAUCAAAAAGUGCCAAAAUGUCUAGUUUUGCCUCUCAGAAGGAUUUGUUGACACUUUUUAAACACGCCUUGUUUUAUUUCUGUACUUAGGAUCAUUAGAUAUGUUUAAAUGGAGCAUGAUGUUUAAAAGGUGCUGGAGGUUUCUGUGAGCAGGGAAGUUAAUGUACUUCAAUAGGGUAACAUUUGGAGAAGCGAUGUGAACUAAGACAAUGUAAUGCUGACAUGGUGACAUGGAGGCAUGGUUACAAUCCCAAUUACAAAAAGACUUCAUUUAAGAUUUGAUAAAACAGAUUGAAUACUCUCAUGUUUUGGGAUGUGAGAAAGUUGCCAUGUUCAACUUUGAUGAAAGGAUUUAUGGUGGUGAAGAGAUGAGGUUUUUUGUCUGUAGGGCAGACCAGAAUUGAGCUAACCAAGGGUUCCCUCCACAAAAAACCAAUGGGAUUUUUGAUUAUUUCAGAAAAUAGCGAAGCAUUUUAUUUAUAGCUACACAUGUUCUAGAACAGCAGCACUGCAGCUCUAACUUAUUUUAAUACACAAGCUGCUCAUUUAAAUGUCAUUAACUCCAUUGUGACUCAUAACGGUUCAUUUAGAGGCCAGUCGGAUACCCAGAGGGCUUCUGG